UUAAGAUAUUUGUUAGCCAAUCAGAGAACUGUAUUGAUAUCGUUUACUUUGAGAUGGUGAAGUCCUUGCCGUUGUAUCAAAUUGACGGGCAGAUCCAUUUAUAGCCUCUCCUUUCGUAAAGAAACAUAAGGCAAGCAAACGAUGGCAGGGAUUAUUACAAAAACUACAAACUUUGCAAAAGUUAAUGUCAUGCCUGUUCUGCAAGUAUGGAUGCAAUAUGCAAAGGUAGAAAUGUCACCACCCACGCUGAAAGACAUUCCUGCAAUUCGUAGUGGCUUUUCCAAAUUAAUUCACUCCGCGCGAACUGGCCGCUACCGUGAUGUCACUGUGCGUGAGGCUGUUAUAAAUUCCUUAGUAGCUGCUGAGAUAUAUUGUUGGUUCUUCGUAGGAGAGUGCAUUGGAAAACGACACUUUGUUGGAUAUGAUGUAUAAAUAUAAUGUGUAUUUAAUGUCUCUCUUACAUAGAAAAAGAACAAUGUAUAAUUAUAGACCAGCUCGCAAAUACACAAAUAUAAAUUGAACACUUCCA